AUGAGUUUCUCCGACGACGAAGACUUUAACGAUAUCUACGGCGACGACUCCAACGACGUGUCCAACACGACGUCCGCGACCGCUGCCAGCACUGGCCCCGAGUCUGCUAAAACUGAAGUGGUGAACGACUCUGCUGCGGCUCCCAAUCCGCAGGAAGCGACCACCACGACUUCUACCACCGACAAGGGCGUAGCAGCCGGAUCUGCAGCAGCCCCUUCUACCUCCGCAACGUCUUCUUUGGACCAACUGGCAGCACUUCAGGCGCUGUCAUCCAAUUUGAAUCAACUCCAGCAAGCCGCUAACGGAACCAACUCGGGGGCUGACACCACAUCACAGCACCAGCAACAACACUCAGCACAGGGCCAAGCUCCAGAACAGGCUCAAGACCGAAGUCAAGGUUCAACUGUGACCGGUCAAGCCACCUCUUCCACACCGGCCAUGCCAAGCAUGCCUAGCAUGCCAGGAAUGCCAGGAAUGCAAGGAAUGCCGGUAAUGCCAGGAAUGCCAAAUAUGCAACAGUGGCAACAGCUUCAACAACUGCAGCAGAACAUGCCUCAAUUCCAGCAGGCGGCCUCUCAAGCUGCCAUUCAAGAGAAGACCAAUAAAGCAGACCUGUCGCGCGACAUAUGCAAGAUGUUUAUCGGAGGUCUGAACUGGGAGACUACAGAAGACAACCUGAAGGAUUAUUUCUCCAAGUAUGGUGUGGUUACUGACCUCAAGAUUAUGAGGGACAACGCGACCGGCAGAUCGAGAGGGUUCGGGUUUUUGACCUUCGCAGAGGCCUCUAGUGUAGACGAAGUUGUAAAGACCCAGCACAUUCUUGACGGUAAAGUCAUCGACCCCAAGAGAGCCAUUCCUCGGGAAGAGCAAGACAAGACCGGUAAGAUCUUUGUCGGUGGUAUUGGUCCGGAUGUUAGACCUAAGGAAUUUGAGGAAUUUUUCUCUCAAUGGGGAACUAUCAUAGAUGCACAAUUAAUGUUGGAUAAAGAUACUGGUAGAUCUAGAGGUUUCGGAUUUAUUACUUAUGACACUCCAGACGCAGUCGACCGCGUUUGUGAGAAUAAAUUUAUCGAGUUUAAAGGUAAGAGAAUAGAAAUUAAAAGAGCAGAACCAAGGCAUUUACAGAAGCAGAUGCAGCAGCAGAAAACACAGCCUUUCGGCGGCUCUUCUCAAUUUAAUAUGUUUCAAAAUCCAAUGAUGGGUAACUUCAAUCCUAUGUUCAAUCCUCAAGCUAUGGCAGAAUAUUAUAAUAAAAUGCAAGAAUAUUACGCUCAAAUGCAACAGCAAACGGGCGUCGAUUAUAGUCAAAUGUAUCAACAGCAAAUGCAGCAAAUGCAACAGAUGAUGGGCGGUAUGAUGCCUGGAAUGGGUGCUAUGCCCGGAAUGCCAUCAGCUCAAUCAGAGACACCAACUCAGGAAUCCUCUGAUGUUCCAACAAUUGGAUCUGAAGACAAAGGUGAUGAGGGUGAUUAUAACGGAGAAAGAGAUGCAGACAGAAGGGCAGCUUCACCUCCGAUCAAUGCUCCAAGAGGUCCUAGAAUGGGUGGUUCGCGUGGCGAAAAUCGCGAUGGUAAUCGUGACUAUGGUCGUGAUAACAGCCGCGAUAACAACCGUGACAGUAAUCGCGACGGUAACCGCGAUGGCAACCGUGAUGGCAACCGCGAUGGUAAUCGUGGUAACUAUCGCUCCGGAUUCCGGAACCGUAAUCGCAGUGGUUACCGCGGUGGCCGCAGUGGCUACUCAAGACGUAACAAUAAUGGCUAUCAUCCUUAUUCUACUUAG